AUGCGGCGGGCGCUGGCGGGGCCACCCCCCAGCACGCCGCCUCCGGCGCCCAUGAUCGCGCUGGCAGUAAGCCCAUGGCAUGCGCUGAGCAUCAAGACAAGGCAGCGGGCACCCUGGUGGGUGCUGCUGCUGUCUGGACUGGCCAUUGGCGGUGCCUUCUCCCUGCUGCUGCGCUUCCUCAAGUGGCGCCGUUCUGCUCGGGCGGCCGCCCAAAGGGCCCGGGAGCUGGCGCUCCAGAUGGUGGACCCGGAGAAAGAGAGGCUCACCCACGUGCUGAGCGCGCUGCGUGGCUCUGCUGCCGAGGCGCGCGAGCAAACAGCCUUCCUGCGGCGCCAGGCGGAGCAGCAGGAACGGCUUCAUCAGAUGUCGACCUCGGAGUUCCGACGGAGCAGCGACGAGUUCACUCGACGCCGGCAGCGCAUGGAGAUCGGCUCCGAGUCUUGGAAACUCCUCAAGUCCCUCGUGAGACCCGAUGCAGAUCAGGUGGAAGCUGCUUGGUUCCAGAACGUCACUGAAGCCCUGGACGAGCUCAGUGCUGCAAGCGCUCAAAACCGCGCCGCCUUCCGGCGUUCGAUGCAGACCUUGGCGCUGAUGCUGCAGAACCUUUUGGCGCAGCCGCAGAAGUAUGGAGAAGUGAAUGCUGGAAGCGCGCGCUUCCAGGAGAUCUUCACCGCGCCUCGUGCGGCAGCAAAGCUGCUACAGCUGGCGGGAUUCGAGGAACAGGAGGAGCUCUUCAACUUCACUGCAUCCUCCACUGGACGUGCUGAGCGGCUCUGGGAGGUCCUGCAACAUGCCCUGCGUGAGAGCUGA